CCUUACCAGUGCCCGCAGUGCGGCAAGGGCUUCAGCCACCGCUCCAACUUCAACCGUCACAGGCGCAGCCACAGUGGCGAGAAGCCAUUCCAGUGCCCGCAAUGCAACCAGCCCCUGAGCUGGAGCUCGGACCUGACGCGCCACCAGCGCACGCACAGCGGCGAGCGCCCAUUCCCGUGCCCGUCGUGCAACCGAAGCUUCAGCCGCAGCUCGUCGCUGCUCACGCACCGGUGCGUCCACACUGGCGAGCGGCCCUGCAGGUGCAGUGACUGCGGCAAGCGCUGCCGUCUCGGCCUGGACCUGGUCAAGCACCGGCGUACCUACACGGACGAGAGCCACCGCGCCAACCUCAUCACGCACCGGCGCGCCCACACGGGGGAGAAGCCUUCCAAGUGCCGCGACUGCGGGAAGAGCUUCAGCCAGAGCUCGCGCCUCGUCAUCCAGCAGAGGACGCACACGGGCGAGCGCCCCUGUCCCUGCGGUGACCGCGACCAGAGCUUCAGCAGCCGCUGCCACGUCCUCGCGCACCGCAAGGUCCACACCGGCGAGGAGCCCUACGGCUGCGAGGUGUGCGGCAAGAGCUUCAGGCAGAAGACAAACAUCGCCACGUACCGGCAGCUGCACGGGGCGGCCAGGCGGCCAGGGACGGAAGCCUGA